GCCUGCAACUUGUAUUUACUACUACCUCUCACUGAGCACUUGUACGAGUUGCUUGCAUGUCUGCUGAACGUGCAAUCAGAUCGCAUCACAAAAAGACGAGCAUCGUCACAAUUUCUUUUAUGUCUGCUUUCUUUGUCCUCACUUCCACCACAGACAUGUCACUAGCGAUCUCGAGUGGGUCGGACAGGCAGUCUGAAUCACAACAUUCUGCAGCGAGCAUGACGAGUGACUCCUGGUCUUGGUUCAACCACUGUGCAGUCCACUCACUUGUUAUCCGUAAUGCAUCGCACACCGAGCUUAGAUAACUUGGUCGACGAUAUUCUCCUACAGAUCUUCCAAAUCUUAUCUGUACAAGAAAUAUUAACACUGAGACAGGUAGGUCCAUCACACUUGUUUCCAUACGAAUCCGGACACAUCCACCUUUCUCAGACCUCCAAACGUUACUAUCUCCUGUCUAAACUUCGCAGUGUUUGGUAUGUGGCAUUCUGCACUGAAGUAUUGGCUCGCCAUCUUCCACCCCCUGGCCCUUUGCGCGCUCUCCAUGCUCUGCCUUCUGCAGAACUGGAGCAUCGGACAUUGUUGGCUCUUUCCCUCGAGAAACGUUGGCCACGAUCCACGCCUAAAGUUAUUGUUUCGAGCAGAAAACGAGACACUGUUGACCAGAUCCUGCUUAUCCCUGGUGGAACGCAGGUCUUGACUGUCCAUGGGAAUAAAGUGGUCUACUGGCUCAUCUCUGGGCAGCCAGGGGCCACACAGGGGCUUCAAAAGGUUGGAGAGUGGUCGUCACCGAGUGAUGAUACUUGCACUGUCGUGAAGGACACUAGAGGGCCGGGGAAUCAUUGCCAUUGGUUGCAGGGACAAACCAAACAAACAUGCCUACUGUAUUCUCUCUCGCCUUGAAGCCUGCCCUCAGCAAGCUAUGCGACUACUCCCUCAUCCCUGGCACAGUCGCAGGGAUAUCACGGCACCUCCUUUUCCUAGAUACUACAUCAGA